AUUUUAGAUACAAUUUAUACAGAAAGAUACAUGGGUCUUCCGACCCCAGAAGACAAUGAAAUCGGAUAUAACAACACAGAUGUAACUAGGGAAGCGGAAGCCUUUAGAGGAAGGCGGUAUUUCAUAAUUCACGGCAAUGCUGAUGAUAACGUUCACUACCAAAACGCCAUGGCAUUGGUAAAGGCCCUCGAACAUGCAGAUGUCGAUUUCCGACAGCAGAGUUAUCCAGAUGAGAAUCAUUCCUUAACAUAUGUGAGCAGGCAUCUUUAUCACACAAUAGAUAAAUUUUUUGCCAGAUGUUUCGAUAUUGAAGAUCCUCCGUUUACAGUAUGGCACAAAAAGGAGAGCUUCUAGUCAUAUAAACAGUACAAAGAAGUGCAAUUGUGAUUUCAACAAAAGAAAUUAUCAGUAAUUUAUAAAAUAUUUUUGUUAAAUAGUGUUAUAAAAACAAAUAAAAUGUAAUAGAUAAUUUUA